AGCAGAGGAGCGUGCAUGUGUGCGUGUACGUACGUGUGUGUGUGUGUGUAUGUGUGUUGUGUGUGUGUGUGUGUGUUGAGAUUCAGCCCUGGCGGGAUUCUUCAGCAGGGCCCCAUGUCUCCUGUGAACACGCCCCAGAUAGAUGAGCCAGAUAUAUAGCCAAGACCUGCGGGUAGUAGAGGAACUGUGAGAACGAGAUAAUCGCACUUGCUCACCCCAAGGGUUACCUGUGACACCCUCGCAAUGACAAGAGGGCCCAGCGAAAGGGGGCCACGUAAAAGGAGUUUGGAUGAUACCUUAGCCGGCACUUUGUCUUAAAAAAAAAAAAAAAAAAAAAACAGAAAGAAAGAAAGAAAAGCUUCCCGAGCUGUGUGCUAUUUUGUGUUUUUUUUUGCUUUUUCUUUUUUCCCUUUUUUUUUAUGCUUUUCGUCAUUUUGGAGUUCCUCUGGAGUUACCUGCGCUGUGAUCGAUCGGAGAAUAAGCGAAGCGAGUUACUCAUCAGCCACAGAUCGUUGCAUGAAACUGAGAGCCGGGCCGCAAUGAGUCGGAGAACACGACGCUGGAUUUUAAGAGUUUUACUUUGUCUUGGGAUUGUUUAUUUGAAAAUUGGUGGCUUUUCGUCGGUGGUGGCCCUAGGUGCGAGCAUAAUCUGUAACAAGAUCCCCGGUUUGGCCCCCAGACAACGGAUUAUCUGCCAGAGUCGCCCCGAUGCCAUUAUCGUCAUCGGAGAGGGAGCCCAAAUGGGCAUCAACGAGUGUCAGUUUCAGUUCAAAAACGGGCGCUGGAACUGCUCUGCGCUUGGAGAGAGGACCGUCUUCGGAAAAGAGUUGAAAGUGGGCAGUAAAGAAGCUGCGUUCACCUACGCCAUCAUCGCAGCAGGGGUGGCCCACGCCAUCACGGCGGCCUGCACGCAGGGCAACCUGAGCGACUGCAGCUGCGACAAGGAGAAGCAGGGAUUCUACAGCGUGGACCAGGGCUGGAAGUGGGGAGGCUGCUCGGCAGACAUCAGCUACGGCCUGGGCUUCUCCAAAGUGUUCAUCGACGCUCGGGAGGUCAAACAGAACGCCAGGACGCUCAUGAACCUCCAUAACAACGAGGUGGGACGCAAGAUCCUGGAGAAGAACAUGCAACUGGAAUGCAAGUGUCAUGGCGUCUCGGGCUCCUGCACCACCAAAACCUGCUGGACUACACUUCCCAAGUUCCGCGAGCUCGGCUACAUUCUCAAGGAGAAGUAUGCCCACGCGGUGCACGUGGAACCGGUCAAAGCCAGCCGCAACAAGCGCCCUAAAUUCCUCAAGAUCAAGAAGCCUUACUCCUACCGGAAGCCCAUGGAUACAGACCUGGUGUACAUAGACAAGUCGCCUAACUACUGUGAGGCGGAUCCCUUGACGGGGAGCUUGGGGACACAGGGCCGGGUGUGCAACAAGACAAUGAUGCAGCACAUCAGCGGCUGCGACCUGAUGUGCUGCGGCCGGGGAUACAACACACACCAGUACUCUCGCGUGUGGCAGUGCAACUGCAAGUUCCUGUGGUGCUGCUACGUUAAAUGCAACACCUGCAGCGAGAGGACAGAGGUGUACACAUGCAAAUGAGAAUAUUUAUUGGACAGUGUGUGUGUGUGUGUGAGUGUGUGAUGUAUGUGAGUGUCUUUGCGUCUUAACGGACAAACUGGAGCAGUCAAACUUUACAAGGAGGCUGUUACGACGGCCUUUUCACACACAAUGAGGAACUACUGUAAGCUGAAGACGGGGCGUCACGAUUUCUUUUGCACACAAAGCUCUUCAACCCUCUUCUCGGACUGUCGCGUUUCUGUCAGGGUGCGAUGUCGGAACCACGGCGGGAGUCGCUGAAGCAAAAAAAAAAUAAAAAAUGUCAAGACUUUAAGCUAUAUGGACGAUAUGUUCUGACAUUUAAAGAAACGGACUUGGUGGAUGUGGUCGCUGGGCAGGACACCCUGCUGCAGCCUUUUCACUCUGUGCACGGACGAAACGACACAGCCAUUUGGAAUAUUUAACACACUGUAUUUAGAGAAUGAAAAUAAUUAAUAUUAAUUUAUUCUAUAAGGAAAAACUACUGAUUUUGUCCACUAUGGAUCAAAAAUAACUAAAUGUUGGGAGUUUUUUGUUUGUUUUUUUUGUUUUUUUUUAGUGUAUUAAAGCAAUCAAAAACUUGUUGACACACUGGAUUUGAAUCUGCCUGGAAUAAUGUUUUUAGAUUCCAGACGAAACUGCUGUAGGCUACUCACAUUGACCUUCUGAACCUCUCAUGAGUCUGUCUUCCCUCUUGUUUGCUGCUAGUCUAGAGAAUCCCACUUUGUUGAGGUAGAAGGCUGUAUACGCUCUACUGACCGCCUUCAAUGGCGACGCUUACUUCAAGCUGAUUUAGCUUAACAGGACUCGACUCACUGAUCAAAAACACAGGCACAUUUUCCACUUUUUUUUUUGGUAAAUAUUGGUUAAUAGAGUAUAUUUUGUAAAAGCCUAUUUUUAUAUGAAUGUCUUAUUUAUAUCUUUUUUUUUUUUUUUUUUUGCAUAUUCAGUGUCACGUUCUGACCCUUACACCUGUUUUUAAAAUCCUCGUGAGCAAGAAAAAAGCUGAUCUAUGUACGUUGGCCCCUGCUGUCACUGCCAUAGCUGUGUAAUGAUGUAAGUGAUAGGAACUGUCUGUAUGUGUCUGUGUUCAAACGUCUGUGUUUACUGCGUUUCAUGACUACUAUUGAUGGAAUACAGGAACAGAAUAACACUAACGAGACGUGCUUUCCAUUAUUGCUUCCUCAUGCAUCGAGUCUCACGCUGGUCCUUGACAUCAUGUGUUUAAAGGGGCAUUACGUACAAAACAGAGUUGCUGU